UAGUAAAGUGGAGAGAAAUACUUGCUCUCUCUGAAGUAGUUAUUAGGGUUUCGUUUGUUCAAAUGAUGUGUUCAUCGACGUCCUCACCUGGCUACCGAUCAAAAACCUCAUCCAGUGCGCUUGUGUCUGCAAAUCAUGGUACUCUUUCCUCACAAGCCCUAAUUUUAUCAACACACACCUCAAUCGAUCAUCCAUUGUGAACAACAACCUUUUACUAGUUCGAAGCCGCUCUGUUGAUGAUGCCAACGUAGUGCAUUACUCGCUACUACGUUCUGAAAACGGAGUGUUCUCUGAUUAUGCAGAGCUUGGGCUUCCAUUGAAGAGCCACAGAAACCCUCGUUUGAGUAUAAAAGGUAUCUGCAAUGGGCUCGUAUGCCUUUCUGAUGAUUUGCACAAUUAUCAGGAGGAGCUUUAUCUAUGGAAUCCAUCGAUUCAGAACACAAUAACGCUUCCUCCAUUGCGUGUGACCUAUCAAUCACACGGUUCUUAUAUGCAUAGCAUUGGGUUCGGCUUCGAUGCCCUGACUGAUGACUACAAGGUUGUCAGAAUUGUGUAUCUCUAUGUACCCAAUGAAUUUGGGCCUCCUCCUGAGAUUGACAUUUUCAGUCUGAGCACAGGCACAUGGCGGAACAUCAGCCAUUUAGGUCUUUCACAUAUCAUCGGCGAGCGUGCUCCACAGGCUUAUCUGAACGGGACUGCACAUUGGCUUGCUUUUGAUAGGGGGAUCGAUUUCUUCAACUUGAUCGUGUCAUUCCACAUGGGUGAUGAGGUAUUUGGGGAGAUAAUGGUGCCAAGUAGCAUUGCUCAUGACAAAUGGGAGAUGGACAAUCUUCGUGUUGCUAAGUUUCGAGAAUCACUCUCUCUGAUUGUUGGUAUUUGGGGCAAAGGUGCUUGUUGCAUAUGGGUGAUGAAGGAGUAUGGCGUAUCAGAGUCAUGGACUAAACAAUUCGAUAUUGAUAUGACUGGAGGAUUAUUCAAUAAUGUAGCUGGUGAAAUUCUAUUUGGGAAAAAAGAUGGGUAUCUGGUAGCUUAUUAUCCUCAAGCAGAACAAGUAAUGCAACUUCAUAUUCGUGGAUCUAGAGAUGAAAGCUCUGGCGACUCAUUUUAUGCAGAUGCUUAUACAGAGAGCCUAGUUUUACUUGGAGCAAAACCAAAGAAGAAAGGAAAGAAGAGGGCUGUGAUCAACGUGGGAAAUCAAAAUGUGGAAGCCAGUGGAGAACUUUUGAAAGAGUAGAAGUGGCAUAGUGAACUCUUCCCCUGGUUUUUUGGUUACUUUUACUUUGCCUACAUAAAUUGUAUAUUUAUGUGGUUAAAAACUUUAUUUCGGCAAUAUUUGACUCACUCGUGAUGCUUUUGAACUUUUGCAGCAUUUGAGCUUGAUUGUCUUUAGAUGUUAUGCUGAAACUAUUUGUUAUCUGUAUUGCUUAUUUUUUAAUGCCAUUGUAUCUUCUAUA